AUGUUAUCCACCGAGCUGACCGAGGCCCAAGUCUCGGCUCUCAGAGCCAAUAAAGAGCGUCUUGCACAGGACCUCCACCAUACAUGUCAAUGGGGAUAUGGAAUCCGCUGGGGAGAUGGCCACACAGAUACAGGAAUGCAGCGGUUGGCGCUGUCACAGGAGGAUAAGCAAGUACGGGACUGGUUUAUCGAGACUACGAAAGCUCUCGGGUGCAAGGUCACAGUAGACGAGAUGGGCAACAUCUUUGCUGUCCGUCCUGGUCGCAGAACUGAUGUACCAGCGACAUUCAUCGGAAGCCACCUGGAUACGCAGCCUACUGGUGGCCGAUAUGACGGAAUCCUGGGUGUUCUGUCGGGCAUUGAGACUCUCAAAACCCUAAACGAUUUGGGAUUAGAAACCGAGGGUGGGGUUGGCGUUGUCAACUGGACAAACGAGGAGGGUGCCCGAUUCCCUAUCAGCAUGGUCUCCUCUGGAGUAUGGGCAGAAUGCAUCCCACUGGAGAAGGCACACGCACUGAAAGAAGUUCCCACUGUCGCGUCUCUUCCAACCGCAGCAUCAGCCCCCGAGUCCAUGAAAUCGGCACUCGAGAAGAUCGAUUACCUCGGAAGCGUGCCGUGCUCAUACAAAGAGAGCCCCAUGGCCGCCCACUUUGAGCUGCACAUCGAACAGGGCCCUCACCUAAUCACCGCAGGCCAACAAGUGGGCGUCGUCACGGCCGUUCAAGCAUACAGGUGGUUCCGCCUCAACAUCUUCGGCAGAGACACCCACACGGGCACCACGGCAUUCGAGCACCGCGCCGACGCCCUCUACGCCUUCGCCCGCAUGAUGGUGCGCGCCCGCGAAGUCGCCGCCUCACAGGGCUGCCUAGCAAGCGUUGGCAUCAUCGAAGCCAAACCCGGCAGUGUAAACACGGUCCCCGGCACCGUAAGCUUCAGUCUCGACCUUCGGGGUCCCAAAACCGAGCUGGUGGAGGUGGUGGAAACCCAGCUGCGCAAGGACUUCGACGAAAUCGCCGCAGAGGAAGGGAAAGGUAUCGGCAAGCCUUGCCGUGUAGAGUGGACAUUGGAUUUCGAUUCCCCAGCCGUCAGCUUCCACCCGGACUGCAUUGAGUGUGUGCAGCAGUCUGCAGAGGCGGUCGCGGCUGAUGCGGGAGUUGCGGACCCUAAGUCACUUGUUAGAACCAUCAUGAGCGGUGCCGGGCACGAUAGUGUUUUCACCUCGAAGAGGGUUCCGACGAGCAUGAUCUUCGUUCCGUGCAAGGAUGGGCUGAGCCAUCAUCCUGAGGAGUUUUGCUCUGCUGAUGACUGUGCUAGAGGCACAUCUGUCAUUUUGCAGGCCGUUGUCCGAUAUGACCGGAAGCGGUUCUCAUCAUGA